GAUAUAAAUAAAGAAAUUAUGGAUUCAGCAGAGACUAAACUUCAAGAAAUCAUUAAAUCAGGGAAAUAUUUAGCCUAUGAAAAGAAUUAUGAGCAUCAUCCAAAAUCAUUCUAUGCAAGUCGUAAACUAAGAGAAUUAAUUAAAAAAGCUAACUUACUUAAAUUAUCUAAUAAAUUAAAUGCAUUAACUAAUGAAUUAAAUAUUAGAAGUGAUUAUGAAUUAUUUGGAUUAAUUGAUUUAUCAAAUGACUUACUUGUGACAUUAGAAAUAAUAAAUGAUUGUAUAGAUUGUAUACCAGAAUU